AUGCUGGAGGAGAUUCGCAAGAUGUACUGGUUCGACCGAAUGAGCCUGAUUCAGUUGCAAAAAAUAGUGGCUUCUCAUAGUGAACCUUCGUGGUUUUCUAUCUCCGAUCUCCUUUUUGGAGCCACUAAUUUUAAAAACUAUGAAGAAUUUACUCAGACGCUUCUUAAACAAUUUGGCAUUUUGUACCAAAGUUUUGCAGGACUUCUAAGCAAAGUAUUCAGUAAAACGGCACAAGUAGAACUUCAUAUUGAUGCUCAGAUUAUUCAAGUUCUACGGGAAAUCGAAUUAACCCUUGAGGCGAUUUUAAUAUCACUAUCUAGUGGACUAGACUCUGAAUCAAUGUUCCCUUCUCUUUUGAAAGAGUUCUGGGAAUCCUCCUUUUUCUCCAGGAAAGAAUUAACUUGUUUAUCCACUACUUGUCGAAAAGUCGCAAACCGAAUUCGAAAUCUCGAGUGCUUUAUUUUGAUACGAGCUGCCCGUCUUGAAAGGCAAUUGGAUGAUCAUUUCAUGAAGAAUCAUGCAAAUAGGCUAGUAGCCAGUGUGUCGAGUUUGAGCAAAGUACAAGGAAAUGCUCCAGUUUUUUUGCUCGCUGCAGUCUGUGGAUCAGUUUUUGGAUCGACAGAGGAGGAAAUUUCCAAAGCCGGCAAUUUAGCUUUUGUGGCUAUUCAAGAACUGGAUGCUUUUAACUACCUUUGCUCAAUUUUGCAGGAUCGAAACUUUUCUCCUGGGACCAAAACGAACUCCCAAACUUCAUCAGAUUUUCAUCUCCUUACCCUGCCAGAGAGUCUCAGCGUUGUUUCUCUGUGUUCACACUUAGCUGUCUUUGAUUUAUUAACUCUGCUUGCACGUCAGGUCGCAGUUGAUUCUUUGGGAGAGCAUCGGACUGCAUUCACCCGUGUUCUAGCAAAAACGCUAUCUGUUAUCGUUCAUUGUAACGGCAGCAUGAGUGUCGCGGAGACGAACUCCUCAAGAAUUGGACAAGGAAUUGCCUCUGUGAUUGAAGAUCUUGCUCAGCGGUUCCCUUUGGAUUUGGAUCUACUACAAAUUUGCAUAGCCCUGCUCAAUACUGGAGAUUGUACUCAAAGCAGUAAUGACACUGACGAUGAUUCAAGCAUUCCCAAUAUCGUGGUUCAGUUCAUAUCCAGCAUCCCUUAUUUCGCUGAGCGUUUUUCUGAUCCUUCCAUUUUGCGAGGCCUGGUUCGUGUUCACGAUAAUCUAGAUGAAGAGGAGGGCGGAGAAGUUGCUGUCAGUGUGUUGCGACAACGUCGAUGCUAUCCUCCUGAUGCCAUGCAGCACAUAGAACAGUUCUCGAAAGACAGGUCUUCUAAUCACCUUGCUGUGAAUAUACCUGCUGGAACUCGAGGUGAUCUAAGACAAGAUGGAUUUGUGGUGGUGUGGCAAAGGGACUACUCAAUUUGGCCAAUUCUCAAUUCAAUUGCUGUUUCAGCCGAGCAUACUCUUUUGAAUGGUCAAAUAGAUGACCCGUCUCAAGUUUCCCUCACUAUCACUCGUCUCGCUUCCUGUUUGGAUUUUGUUGAUGCCUGCUUGCUGGUUUGUUUAUCAAGUUCCUUUAACUAUUGA